AUGGCCAACCCUCUAGAUACAGACGCUGGCUCGGAACUAUUCAGUAACUACGAAGCGGAACUAAAACUCAUCCAAGCAGACCUCAACCAGAAACUCGAUACUCUCCCCACUCUCACAAGCGAAGAGCGCAAGUCUGCCCUUCGUACUGCGUCACGUGCCCUGGACGAAGCCAAAGAACUCCUCGACCAACUCGCCCUCGAGAAAUCGAAUAUCCCCUCUUCCACCCGCGCAAAGGCGAAUGCACGCUACCGAAAUGCACAAUCAGACGUCGAUGAGCUAUCCCGACGGCUGAAGAGCUUGGCAAACGAUCAAAGCGAUCGUAAAGCUCUGUUUGGGGAUCGCUAUACGGAUGAGCCUGGCGGGGAUGUGCAGCUCGAGCAGAGGCAGCAGUUGCUUAGUGGGACGGAGCGAUUGGGAAGGAGUAGUCAGCGGUUACAAGAGAGUCAGAGGAUAGCGCUCGAGACAGAGAGUAUUGGUGCAGGGACACUCGCGGAUCUGCAUCAACAGCGGGCAGUGAUUGAGAAUACACAUCGGAAUUUGCAACAGAGUGAGGGUUAUGUGGAUCGAAGUGUUAAGACGCUGAGGGGGAUGGCACGUAGGAUGGCUACAAAUCGGAUUAUAACGAUUGCGAUUAUCACGGUGCUGGUUCUGCUGAUUAUUGGAGUCAUCUACAGUAAAUUCAAAUAA